AUGAUUCAUCAUUGUUUGAAAAAAUUAGCAACUGUUAAAGUUUCAAUUUUCAUUGAAAAAACAGCAGUAAGAGAAAUACUUAAAAAGGAUUUUAAUGUUGCAAUUUUGAUGCUUCGGCAACAAAAUGUUGAAGUUUUUGAUUGCGAGGAGAAUGUAGUGGACCACUGCAGUUUUCUUGAUAACUUGAGAUAUGUUGGGGAUGUAGCUGUGACUAAUGUAAAAGGUAUUGAUUCAGUUUAUUUCCAAAGUGACAACGAAAUCGUAAUAGAAGACCAAUUUGGAAAUGAUGGUUAUGACAAGUGGAUUGAAAUAAUAAAACAAAACAUUAAUAAAAACACACGAGAACAUGUUGAACAAGAUAAAUUAUUAAUAAAAGACCAAAAUACUCCAAUUCAAAAUGAUCUUAUUAAACAAGAGGAAAAGAACAGUACGCAAAAUGUGAAUGUGAAUAGUGAAAAUUAUGACAAUAAAAAUGAAAAAAAAAUACAAUACAAACUGAAGGUUCAGAUGAACACUUGGAAUAAUGAAAAAGGUGUACAACGCAAAAUGUAUCGAGUGAUGAAUUUCAAAUUGUAG